CAAGUAUGGUUUGUUUGCAGCAGACGAGAGUCGAAAAAUUAAAUAACUAGUCUUAAUGGAGGUAAAUAUAUGAGAUAUAAAUAUUCUAAGUGACAAAACAACUACUAACCAACCUGCUGUGAAGCAGUCGACAUUUUCAAUUGCAUGUAAGGACCUUAAGAAAUCACUAAAGAUGCCGCUCUUUGGGAGCACGUUCAGUCCGAAGAAGAUUCCACCUCGCAAAUCUGCUUCUCUGUCCAGCCUUCAUACGUUGGAUCGCUCGACGAGAGAGGUGGAGCUGGGCCUUGAGUACGGACCUCCUGUGAUGAACCUCGGAGGUCAGAGUUGGAAAUUUGAAGAUGGACAGUGGAUCUCAGAAUCUGGUGGGAAUGCAUCUGGUAGGGAAGUGCAGCGGCUUAAGAAAAAAAACGUACAGCUCGAGGAAGAGAACAACCUCCUGAAACUUAAGAUUGAAAUUCUCUUGGACAUGUUGACAGAGACUACCGUAGAGUACCACCUGAUUGAGAAAGAAGUGGAAGAUAUAAAGACUCAACAUCGAAGGAAGAAAUGACAAAUCUGAUCGGAUGCCUCCAUCAUAUAAAUGUAAAUGAGUUUACAGUUUGUCGAUGUAAACAAAAAAGUCUUAAUUUGUUUGUUUUUUAUUUGCUCAUAAGUGCAAACAUAUUUGUUGCCUAAUGAGGACUCUAUCUGUUCUGUCUUGUUUCUUUAAAUGUGAAUCAACAUAAUUGUUCAAUACACAACAUAUUUUCUACAUCUUUGACAUGUGUGUGGCAAGUAUUUGCCGACAUUUUCUUGUUAAGAUUUGUUUUGUAUUUACUGUAUUUUCUAAAAUUCGUCACAGGGUGUUCGCAAUUUGUUUUGAUGGCCUCUUUUAGAAAAUGACCCUAAUCACUCAUUGGAUUUUUACUCGGUUGAUAACAAGUGACACGUUUACAAAAAGAUAAGGAAAAAUCCACAACAUUUUUGAGCAGUAAUGUUUCCAGGAAAGACAUUUUUGUCAGGGUUCACUAACUGGCUUUUUGCAAAUCAGUGAACCUUGAGCAAUGUUUUGUUGUUGUCCUCAUCACAACAGCGUGAUCAAGGAUUCAAGGAUCAAUUAUUGUCAUUAUGCAACACAGGGUUGUUCAACAAAAUGCUUUCAUACCAACCAGCACACAGCAAUAGAAACAAAACGGAGACAAAUAAGUACACAACCAUGGCUAGAAGUGACAUAAGUAACAUAUUAGGGUGUUCUUGACACAUUAUAAAAGUGUUGGUACAUUUGAAAACAUGUUUGUUUUUACAUAAAACCGAUGAUUGCCCAGUA